CCUUUGUUGCCGGAAAGCGACCGGAGAAUGCUAGGGCACAAUGAUCUUCCGAGGUUGGAUAAAGGAGACUCGACUCAGGAGAAGGAGGAGGAUGAGGAAGAGAAAAUCAUCUCAAUCCCAGACGGACUGUCCCCCAACUGUUCCCCGACGGUGGCUGGAUUCCUCCAGGCCGAGCUGGAGCUCACUGCCCGGCUGCGAACCUUGACCUUUAAGGAUCCGGUGCGUUAUGUGUAUAACCCGCUGGACUACGCGUGGAACACACACCAGCUCUUCGUUGAGAAAUACUGCCACAGCGGGCAGAGCGUCCUGUUCCUGGGGAUGAACCCGGGGCCAUUCGGCAUGGCGCAGACUGGAGUUCCGUUCGGUGAGGUCAAGGCUGUGCGUGAUUGGCUGAAGAUCUCUGGCGAGGUGGGUCAUCCUCCUAGCGAGCAUCCGAAACGUCCAAUCAGAGGCUUUCUCUGCUCUCAGAGCGAAGUGAGCGGCGCUCGGUUCUGGAGUUUCUUCCAGCAGCUCUGUGGAGAACCCCAGCGCUUUUUCCGUCACUGUUUUGUCCAUAACUUGUGCCCGCUGAUGUUCAUGACCGAGAAGGGGAGGAACGUGACGCCCCCCGAGAUGCCCGUAGAGGACCGCAACGCCCUGCUGAUACACUGCGAUGCCGCGCUGUGCCAGGUGGUCCGCGCCCUCGGCGUUUCCAUGGUGAUCGGGGUAGGCAGGGUGGCGGAGCAGCGGGCGCGGCGUGGCCUUGCUGAAGCCGGACUGCAGGUGAAGGUGGAGGGAAUCAUGCAUCCGUCACCCAGGAACCCGCUGGCCAAUAAGGGCUGGGCUUCUGUGGCUCGAGCCAAAUUAGAGCAGAUAGGGGUGUUGGGUUUGCUCACAGACUGACCACAGACUUACAGAACGGUUUUAUUUGUAUAUAUUGUUUUAUAUAAAUUACACUACACUCCUUUACCUCAAAUAUAAUCAAUCUGACCAGACUCUGACCUGUGACCACACUCUGUGUCUAAAACCCGCUUCACGAUUCAGUGCUAAUGAAGCUAACAGAUAAUGGAAUAAUGGCCUCCAGUUUAGCAUCCCACAGUGGGGUGUGUUCGGUGUCACACUCGCUUGGGGGAUCUCUGAGACACGCUGAGGUCAGUUUACUGCAUAGAUUUGGUACGUGACGCUAAACUGGAGGCUAUAAGUGACCUUUUUAAAUGACCGGUUAGCAACAUUAGCCUUGUAGCUUCAGUACAAAACAAACAAAGCUUCACAAAAGCUUUACGCAUAAAACACAACUGAACUGAACUGGAGAGAAGAUGAACAGCGUGUACAUCCCAGUUAAAAAUCACAUCACAGUCUCUGAAAGAGAGAAAGGAAGGAAAGAAUAAAACUCAAACAGAAAAAUCUGAUAGAAAGUAAGAUGAAUCUGUAAAGAGAAAAAAGGAAAGAAAGAGGAAAAUAACAGAUGGAUGGAGAGAAAGACAGAUCUUUAUUUUCUGUGCUGAAUGAACCACGUCUUCGUUGUUUAAUAAUAAACAUACAAAUGUU